GCGCUCCGUUAAAUAGCCGUAGACGGAACUUCGGCUUUCUCUCGGCUUUAGCGCCAUUUUCUUGGAAACCUCUGCGCCAUGAGAGCCAAGUGGAGGAAGAAGCGAAUGCGCAGGCUGAAGCGCAAAAGAAGAAAGAUGAGGCAGAGGUCCAAGUAAACCGCUAGCUUGUUGCACCGUGGAGGCCACAGGAGCAGAAACAUGGAAUGCCAGACGCUGGGGAUGCUGGUACAAGUUGUGGGACUGCAUGCUACUCUACUGUCUAGAGCUUGUCUCAAUGGAUCUAGAACUUCAUCGCCCUCUGAUCGCCGAUCACCUCUGAGACCCACCUUGCUCAUAAACAAAAUGCCCAUGUUGGUCCUCUGCCCUGGACCUGUGACAUUCUGGACUAUUUCUGUGUUUAUUUGUGGCCGAGUGUAACAACCAUAUAAUAAAUCACCUCUUCCGCUGUUUUAGCUGAAGAAUUAAA